UUCCUUUUUGGCCUUUUUUUCCUCUAGAGUAUUCAAACUGCGCCACGUAAUCUAUUGCUUCCCUUCCUUUAUAUUAAAACUUGAAGUAUUGUAACCAAAUUGUUACUAUCAAUGGACAGUCUUGAAUUUGACCUUCACGGCUUAGUAUUAGAUCAACUAGCUGAUACAUUAAGUAUUGACUCAGGUACUACAAACGAUGAAGUAUCACGAUUAAUAAAAAGAUGUCCAGAGUUACUAGACGAUGAUAAUGGGGGUGAAAAAGAAAAACACGUCAUUUUAAUGACAAAAACUCUAACCCAAAACGUAUCGGCCUUAGCUUCAUUUACAGCUAAUACAAAGUGUGAAACCUAUGUCAAUGAAAUUCUUCCAAUUCUUUUAAAUUAUUUAAGAUAUCUUCCAAUCUUUUCCUUUGAGCAGGAUCUUACAUGGAGGGAUCAGCUUUCAGAUAAGCUUAUAUCAGGAUUACUGAAAAUUGCGACUAAUUUUAGUCAAAACCGAGACAAGAUUUUUAAAGACGUCUGCGCAUCUCUCGGAAAGUUGGCGGAUCAAUUAAGAUGUGGAAAUGCCGAAUACAUUUGCACUGUAAUUCUUCCUCUGUUAAAAGGCUUUUUUCGUGCUUUUCAAACUUCACAUCUUCCUUGGCAUUGUAAUGAUUUUGAAUCCGUGGCUCAUCAAACUCAAUCUCUUGUAAACAACGAUUGCUUACAGGAAGUUGGACAAAUUAUAGAUACAGUAAUACAAUCUUUAGAACCACAACAUUAUUAUGCUAAGAAAUUUUUAUCGAGAUACCAACAUCGAGGCUCACCUUUAUCAAGUAAUGGAAUUAUCUUAGAUAUAACUACAAUGAUGAGAAACAUGCUGGCACGCGCUAUUAUUGCUAGCAAUCAUUAUGAUGAUAGCGUGACCUCAAUGACAUUCAAAGAAAUUUGGGAAAUGUUAGUAAAGAGUAAAGCAAAUAUUCACAUAGCUGUGACAGAUUAUGUCAGGAAAGCUUUACGUAAGAUCUAUGUUAUGUCCUUGCAAUAUUUUACUGAAUUGACAGGUCUAUUGGAUAAUCUUGUUGCGCAAGGCAACGACUAUCCAUCUUCCCUAUAUGUCAGAGAAAUAAUGGCUACUAGCCUGGAUUUGGCAGCUAUUGCAAGUAUUUAUUUGCAUGAAGUUGAUGAUGUAUUAAUAAGUAAAUUGACUGCAUCUUUAUUUAACGUUCCACAAACACCGGAUGUUAAAGUCCAAAAGUCUGCACUUGAUGCAACUACUCUCCUUGCUUUAAAGUUUGUAUAAUUAAAAUAGUGGUAUAAGUUUUGAUUAAAAAGAAAGGAAUAAAAAUUAUAUCUUUUUUUUUUAUUUUUACAGUUUUCCUGAGGCCAUGAAUAUGAUCCAAACUAUUCGCAGAUUUUUGACUACACCGUCAACUAUUUUCGAGUUGGCUGUUACAGUUGAAAAGGACAUAUCUAUAUUAGAUUAUGCUAUAAUUCGUCUUGCUUACUGUCUAAAGGUUUGUCACCAUAAUUUUGCAUUGUCACUUUUUAUUAUUAUGAACUUAUUAGAUUCCCAAUACCA